AUGCAGGGCAUGGAUAUCUUCGCUCUGGUCGAAGAGAGCGAAUGCCGCUGCGGGGUCACCGCUGCAAACCGCACCCAAGCAGCUGUGGUAUGCAACCUUCGGCACCGCAAAGACGAGAAUCCGCUGCUGCAAUUCCAGGUAGCUGUUCUGGAGCACUUCGAGCCCGGGAGAGGCACCUGCCCGCUACGUGCCUACCGUUACAUUGGGCACCUUGAGGCUGGAGGUCUGCCACCCUCGAUGGUGACGGCUUUGGCAGGCGAUGUCGAGUAUGUGGACAGCGCUUCUUUGCUGACAAAACUUGGUUUCGCUGACGUUUGCUGUCAUGCGCGCAAGGUAUCGAAAAGUGGCAAGGUGGUGCCAGGUCAGCUUUGUUAG